AUGAUGGGAUUGCUAAGGAAAAAUGAAAAUAAGUUGAGGACUUGGGUUGCUGAUUUUAGUCCAACUUGCAUGAAGUUGUACCUUGAAUUUAGGGCCAUAGAACAUCAUUGUAAUGUGGAAUUCAAUGGAGAUUGGGGCUAUGAAGUGUCUGAUGGAGAAGGUAGACACACUAUCAAUCUUGAGCAAAAAAAAUGUACCUGUAGAAUUUGGGAUUUAUCAGGUAUUCCCUGUCCUCAUGCCAUUAAAGCAUUGACACACAAAAAAGUUGAUCCCAAAACUGAAAUUCAUUGGUGGUAUAGCAAGGAGGCUUACAUGCUAACCUAUAAACAGAAGAUACAGCCUGUAAGAGGUCAAAUGUUCUGGAAGGUUAAUCCUUCAAAUGCAAUGUUGCCUCCUGAUGUUGUGAAACAAGUUGGCAGACCUAAAGUGAAGAGGAAUAGAGAACCAGAUGAAGCAAGCAAAAGAAAAGGUGAGUGGUCCCAAUCCAGAAAGGGCACUCAAAUGACAUGUAGUAACUGUGGUGAACCAAACCACAAUAAAAAGGGCUGUUACAAGGAAAAAUCUGCUGAAAAUAAUGCAUAUUCAAAAAAAGAAUUGACUAGCACCAGUUCACAAUCAAGAAAAAUGGGAAGUGAAUAUGAGACUCAGACUGGUACACAAGAGUCUACUUUUCAACCACAAGCUGCAACACAAGAGUUUGAACCAUAUGACCCUGAUGUUGGAAAUGAAGAAGACCCACCCCUAAAAAUAAUGGUGAUUUGUGAAUCAGAUUUACGGACUGAGAAGUUAAAGACAAGAAUUGUUUCAACUGGUACAAAAAAUAUUUAA